AUGGGGGAUGUUCCAGCCAGCAACUCCGAUCCCGCCUCGGAUGACAACGGCAUCAGCCUGGUGGCUUUCAUCACCGCCUUGAGUACCUCGUUGGUAGUCUUCGGCAUCCAGACGGGCUUCUUCCUACUCUUGAGAACGAAGCUAGCCAGAAUCUUCAAACCCAAAACAUAUCUCGUUCCUGAACGUGAACGAACAGAUCCUCCACCCGACAGCCCCUGGGGCUUAUUCAUUUCGGUUUUUCGAUUUCGGGAUCGCGAAAUCAUCAAGAAAUGCGGCCUAGACUCGUACUUCUUCCUACGAUACCUACAGACGCUCUUGAUUAUAUUCAUACCAAUGGCUGCCAUCAUCAUUCCCAUACUGGUGCCGCUAAAUUACGUCGAUGGGAGGAGCCAUGAUUUUGACGCAGUCAACGGCACCAACACCACCAACGGCAAUGUAGCGACGGAUGAUAAUGGCAAUAGGAUCGCCGGUCUGGACACACUAGCAUGGGGCAAUGUGAAGCAUACCAACACGCGAAGAUAUUGGGCACACCUGGUCUUGGCCAUAUUCGUCGUCAUUUGGGUUUGCGGCGUCUUCUUCGCCGAGCUAAGAGUCUACAUCAAAGUACGCCAGGAUUGGCUCACAACCGCUGAACAUCGUCUACGAGCCUCUGCGACGACCGUGCUGGUGAGCGAAAUCCCGGACAAGUGGCUGAAUGAGGAGGCUCUUCGGGGACUCUUUGAUGUCUUUCCUGGUGGACUUCGGAACAUAUGGCUCACACGAGACCUGACCCAUCUUCUGGAGAAAAUAUCGAAACGCGAUGACAUACAUAAGCAACUGGAGGGUGCCCAGACAGAACUAAUCCGAAUGGCAAAAAAGAAGCAGCUUGAGAAGAGAGAGGAGGAUGAAAAGAAAGCGCGUAAGGCAUCAAAGACGCAUCCCAUGACGAAGGAUGAAAAGCUGGAUCGCAAGAAACAAGAAGACGCUGCCGCAAAAAUACAGGCCGAGGCCGGCCAGGGCCUGAGUAGUGGUGAUCGCCAUGAAGUUCCUCAUGAUGUAGACGAAGCGGAGGAUGAAGUUCGACAUAACGAGGAACAUCAAGGACAUGUUUCGGAGAAUAUCGUUUCCGCCGGGCUCUGGAAGCUGAAAGGGGGCUUUGGAAAGGGUGUCGAUGCUGUAAGCAAGACUGGACAAGGUCUUUUUGGGGGAGUUCAGAAUGUGAGGCACGGAAUCGACGACCAAAUUGAAACGACGAAUGGUUUUGUGGCAAUCAAGCCGUCUGCUCCUACACGAGAUCCGGAUCGCCGUCAUAUACAACUGCCAGAUGAGGAAGAUCUUCCCAGGCCGUCAACACAAAACUCGAAUCGCCCCAAACGCUCCGAAGCUGACGACCGAGUCAUGGGGGCUGCCGCCACACGGCCCAAUCACGCCCAUAGUGGCUCGGUCGUUUCCCAAGACUCUAUGCUUAAGAGGGAGAGCAUUGAGAUGCGGCAGUUCGGAAACUCCACGCGCAAAGCCGCGAAUGAGGAGGACAUGUACGACAACGAAAAACCUCGAUGGUACCAAUUUUGGAAGCCCCCUGUAGGCGGCUUCGCCUCGCCGCUUCCCCAAGGAUAUGAGGGCAAGGAGUUCCCGUUCAAGAAGAAGAAAACGUUUCUCGAGACGCUCAAAUCUGCCAUCCCGUUCGUCGGGGGUGAGGAGCUCGAACCGGUCGAGUAUACCAAGGCUUAUAACGAAGAUUUUGAAGAGGAAGAAGAUAAGGAUGGUCAGGCAGAAUGGGAGAAGUGGAUCAAGAGAAGCGAUCGCCCUACCCACCGUCUUGCGAAAUUUGGAUGGACUCCUGGGUGGCUCCCUGGUCUGCCCGUUCUGAACAAGAAGGUUGACACCAUCUACUGGUGCAGGACAGAAUUGGCGCGGCUCAACCACGAGAUCGAGGCCGACCAGCAGAACCCGGAGCGUUAUCCUCUCAUGAAGUCGGCGUUCAUCCAAUUCAACCACCAGGUCGCCGCGCACAUGGCUUGUCAGAGUAUCAUCCAUCAUGUGCCGAAGCAAAUGGCCCCGCGUACUGUUGAAAUUUCACCCAAUGACGUGCUGUGGGACAACAUGGCUGUCAGCUGGUGGUCGGAGUGGCUUCGGACUUUUAUUGCGAUUGCCAUCGUUACUGGAAUGAUAAUAUUGUGGGCUUUCCCUGUCGCGUUCACCGGCUCGCUCUCUCAGCUCAACAGUCUCAUCGAGACGUUUCCAUGGCUGGGUUUUCUGGACAAGAACCCCGUGGUGAAGAAAACAGCCACUGCCGUUGCGGGUGUCUUGCCGGCAAUCCUGCUUGCCCUCCUACUCUUCUUGGUUCCGCUCAUAAUGGAGUUCCUUGCCGGCUUUAGGGGAGCCAAAACGGGAACCCAGAAAAGUGAGAUGGUCCAAGUGUUCUACUUUGCCUUCCUCUUCGUCCAGGUAUUCUUGGUUGUCUCACUGGCUUCCGGUGCCCUAGCUGCGCUUGAGAAUGUGUUGAAACAACCCACGGGCAUCGCGGACAUCCUUGCACAGAAGUUGCCUACAGCAGCAAACUACUUCUUCUCCUACAUGAUUCUGCAGGCCCUCAGUGUCAGUUCCGGAACACUCCUCCAAAUCGGGUCACUUGUCAACUGGUACGUGAUCGCGAGAAUCACGAACAAUACGGCGCGAAGCAAAUGGGAAACCAACACAAACCUACCAACAGUCAAAUGGGGGACUUACUUCCCGGUGUAUACCAACUUUGCCUGCAUCGGCUUGAUUUACUCGGUCAUUGCUCCUAUCAUCUCGAUUUUUGCCAUCAUCACAUUCAGCCUCCUCUGGGUCGCAAAUCGAUACGCCAUGAUCUACGUCAACCGGCUCACCAUCGACACGGGAGGUGUCCUUUAUCCACGAGCCAUCAACCAGACCUUCACAGGCCUGUAUGUCAUGGAGCUCUGUCUUAUCGGUCUCUUCUUCCUCGUUCGGGACGAAAAUGAUGAGGCUGCCUGCGAGCCUCAAGCUAUUAUCAUGAUUGUCGUGAUCAUCCUGACCAUCCUGUACCAGCUUCUGCUCAACCUGUCCUUUGCGCCGUUGUUCCGGUACCUCCCCAUCACCUUCGAGGAUGAGGCGGUGCUUCGUGACGAGGCGUUCCAGCGCGCUCAGGAUCGGCGUCUUGGUUUGGCCGACGAUGAUGAUGAGGUAUACGAUAAGGAGGAUAUGCCCUCUCACCAUCGUCGCAGUGGGGAAGUCCCGUCCACUUCUCUGGAUAGCACCCGUGAGAAAACGCGACGCGGGAAUAAGUUUACGAACUUCAAGCCCGUCAAGGGGAUCGUACACGCCGGGACAUGGGCCGCACGAGGUACUUAUGAUCACACGUUUGGAAGAGCAGAGCAAGGUAUCAAAAGUGCGACCAAGUUUCGGGAGGAACGGAGGCAGAAAGAUUUGGAGGCGCAAAGAGCUAUUGGCGACGCCUUGUAUGGCGGCUUCCACGACGAAAUCGAAGACCUGACGCCUGAGGAGAGAGACAUACUGGUCAAGCGCGCGUUCAUGCACUCGGCGUUGCGGGCUCGGCGGCCGACACUAUGGGUGCCCCGUGAUGACCUGGGCAUCAGUGACGACGAGAUCAGAAGAACGCGAGACUUUAGCGAGCAUAUCUGGAUUUCCAACGAGGGCACGGCGCUAGACAGCAAGGUGCGGGUGGUGUACGGGCGUGCGCCGCCAGAUUUCUCGGAGCUGGACAUCAUUCAGCUGUAA